GGACAGAAACGUCCCUGUAACAUUGCACUGGCUUGUUUAAGACAGAAGAGUUGUCCAUUUCCGUGGAACUUUUUUUGUAGGACUAAAUGCAGAUUUUCGGUAUAAAAAUCAAACCGAUCUCUAAACCAUGAUGACCGGAUAUCUAAAAGAAUAUGGGAUAUCUAAAAGAUCUUGGGAUAAAAUUAACCCAAAAAGUUAUUUAUGGGGCGUUUGUAUGCGCGUGUUUCGAAUGAAAUGUGGCUCGCGCAUGUCGGUAUUUGUGCGCGCGGUUAACAGGUGCAGCGCGCGCUCCUAGUGCUCACUUUCCCCGGUGUUACCGGACACCAGCUUUAGUGCUGAUGGGCAACCACAUCGAUAAACUCGCGCAUCUCAGUUACGCCGAAGUCCCGACCGCGGAGCCGAGCGGCACGGACGCCGAGGACGAAGGCGCGCGCAUUGGCGUGUCCUACAUCUUCUCCACGGACGACGACGACACGUCGGCGGACGACAGGACGGACGACAAGACGCCGCCACCGCAUGAGCUCGAAUGCGUUGUCUUUCACACUACCGCGUGCGUGUACGAGAGGCGCGCUCACGACUUGCGCGCGCACUCCGCCGAGACUCUGGUGACCAAGUUCGUGCCCGGGGACGUCGUGGAGUUCGUGGCCGCCGGCCAAAGUCCCCACUGGGCUGUCUACAUCGGCGACUUCCAGGUAGUCCAUCUGCACAGGGCAGAGGUGAAGUGCGGCUCUGUGAUGGACGCAGGCCGCGGGAGACGCUGCCGGAUCGUUAACCAGCUCUACAAGUACGAGCCGCUGAGCGCCGCCGCCGUGGUGAGAAACGCCACCGAGCACGUGGGCGUGAAGGAGCGCGAGCUGAGCUGGAGGAACUCGGAGUGCUUCGCCGCCUGGUGCAAGUUCGGCAGGAGGGAGUUUAAAGUGGGCGGAGAGCUGCGUAUCGGAAAACAGCCGUACAAACUAAAGCUCCUGCUGGACGGUAAGCAGGUUCAAGAGCUCGAGUUCCAGAGUCUGGACGACGCGGUGAUGGAGAGGAGACGCAGAGACAGGGUUCUGAAUGAGCCGGAGGCACAGAGCUGAACACAGGACCACGAUUGUGCACCUUGUAUCGUAUAUCCAUCAGGUUAUAAACCGCAUCACCUGUAUGUCUUUUCCACAUCCAGUCUUUGUUUCCACAGGUUCUCAGUCCUGCUGGAGGUAAAUGAUCAGCUGAGUAAAUAUACUGUAUAUCCAUCCAUCAAUGCACAUCAUCUGUAAUGUAAAGCACUCCAAAGAGCUGAGCUUGGUUUUUGUUGAAGACACCGGGGAUGAUUUCUAACACUUUUUGGACAACAUUUACUUUUUAAUACUUAUUUUUUUUAUUUCAUAGUGGUGCUUCAUGUGACUAACAGCCCAGAUUCUGAACAGACGAGACACCUGUUUUAAAUAUGCUGUGGAUAGAAUAAAUGCAUACAGUACAUUCCUGUCUAUUCCUUGUUAAACACUCUGUUUUUCAUUGUUGAUUAAGUGAAAGUGUGUAAAUACUCCCCUUUCUGACCUAACAGCCUUGUCCAUAGUGUUUGGACUGAUGUUCUGCAUUAAGCUAAACCAUUUACAUGAGUACACAUGAUUGGGUACUUCAUCAGAUGAUAUGCUACAGAAGCAAAAAUGUGUUGCUUUUUUUUUAACGUGUUCAUCGGCUCUGCUUUAUCUACUCGGUUUAGUCCACCACAGCACUUUGCUGGUCUUCCAGAUGACUAACUACAGCCAAAGGCGCAAUAUGAGUUUUCUGGCCGUGAGGGACGGCAUACGCUUUCUCACCGUGUCGAUCGUAGAAGCACUAGACAAUGUAUGCAGGAGAAGGCAGAUAGCAUUUCCGUCAGACUGUGUUACACUUAAGCAGCGUGAAAAGACGCAGUCAUUUGGCUAUACAAUUCUUAGAGGUUUUAGGGUUCCAGUUGGUGGAACUUCACAGGUGACCAAACUGGAGGACACACACCACACACUACAGACAAUUCAGACAUAUCAAUCAGCAUACAACACACAUCUUUAGCCCGUAGGAAAACUCAGAGGAAACCCCUAAAGCACUCUGAGAGCAUUGGGUGGGGGUGGGUGUGUGUGGUGUAGCUCAGUGUUUAAGCUGUUGGACUACUGAUCGGAAGGUCAUGGGUUCGAACUCCAGCUCCACCAAGCUGCCGCUGAUGGGCCCCUGAGCAAGACCCUUAACCCUCAAUUGCUCAGUGGUAUUUUUUGAAAUAAAAAUGUAAGUCACUCUGGAUCAGGGUGUCUGCUAAAUGCCCUAAAUGUAAGGUAAUGUAAUGCAUAUAAAGCAGAAGGAAUCUAUUAAUGUGGCAAAAUGAAGUUUCUUCUCACAUUUUCAAUAACUAAUUAUGGAUCAUUCCUAACGAUAUGUUUUACCUGAUAAAAUAUUUGUUAGCGUAUCGCAGGAAUCAGUUACAAAAACAGUACAAGUGUAAAAGUGAGCCUUUGGAACUAAGGUGUAAGUUUUAUUGUGAUACAAUAAUCAUGUCCAGAACAAAUGUCUCCUCUGUUUGUGAAUUAAAGUUAAACAAUAUAUUCCAUAUUCUUUAAGUCAAUUAGCACAUUUUGCAGACAAGCAAAAAAAACAACAAAAAAAACGUAUAAAUGUAAACAGAUAAAUUAUUCAAACUCUAUAAAUUUUUGAACUGUAGGAAUUAAUUAACUUUGAAUUCAUCUCAUACCUGAAGUCUUAUUUCAAUAGCAUAGUUUUUAACAUCUUCAAACCUCAGCUUAUUCUUUGUCAUUUUCAGGUAUCAGCUUCAAGAAAUCAUGUUUCAAUAAAUUUAAUUAGUGAUUCAGUAAUGAUUCAGUGAAUGUAAACAGAAAGGGUAAUUGUUAGGAGGAGGAAUGGAACCCUGAAAUACAAGAUGUGUCUCGGUUACACAAUAAACCUUAAAUAAAACAUUUUUGCUGUGUAAUAUUUUACAUAUUGCUGUAAAGUGAUUGAUCAGAGCGGCUUUAAAUCUGUUUUUUAUUUUCAAAACAGACCAUUUUAUAUUUACAUACAUUUUUCAUAUUCCAUUGUUUUUACUUUCAGAAGGAUUUUCUGUAAAUAGUCCUGAUUAGAUUUCACAAUUCAAAAAUCUAAUCAGUUCAUCUGCUUGUUCAAAUAAUAAUCCCAUAUGCAUCCUACAAACGUUCAACCACUCGUUCUUGAUAAAUUUAAUU